AUGUCAGAGGAUAAUGAGAAGCCGUGGACGCGGCGGCUCCGCCAGCUGCGGGAACAGCGGGACCAAGCCGAGGCCGCGGCAGCGGCCGCAGCGGCAGACCCCAGCCGCUCGGGUCAGCACCACAAUCAUCCGCAGCAGCCCGAGGUCAUUCUUGAUGGCGAGCCGACAGAGCUGCAGAAGCAGCUGGUGGAGUGCUACCGCAAGACGUUCCUGGUGACGGGCGCGGCGCUGAUCGGCAGCGUGUUUCACUGGAACUAUGUCGGCAAGUUGAAGGUAGAACAGGUGUUUGUGCCGCCGCGGGCGCAGUCGCUGCCGGCGGAGGUCGUAGAGGGUUGGACCCGCAGCAUGCGCUUCAAGGAGGGUGUCCGUGCGGUUGGACGGCAGACCGUGUUUGCGACAGGCGUCGCGGCGCUGUACUUUGGUGCUGAGCUGGCGUCGCAGCGCUUGAGAGGCGUGAAGGACUGGGCUAACACCGCCGUCGCGGGCGCGGUCGCCGGCGGCUGCCUUGGCAGCAGGCUGCCAGGCCCCUCCCGCGCCCGGGGAGCCGCGCUGGGCGCCGCGCUGGGCAGCGCGCUGGGCGCCGCGUCGGGGCUGGCGCUGCAGCAGGCGGAGGCGAUGCUGCCGGAUGCGCAGCAGGCGGCGCAGGAGCGCGAGCGGGCCGCGGCGGACGCCCAGCGGCGGCUGUGGGAGGGGGAGGGGGGCGCUCAAGGCGGGUGA